UGUGUUUUGUUUUCAGGGGAGGUGUAUGUGUGCGGGAUGUCGAAGGAGGAAGAGGUACCGGAUGAUCCUGCGGAGAUAAGGGGAAACCCUGAAUCGAUUGCGAUGCUUAAGAGGGUGGCUAAGACUGUGUCGAGCCAUCUUGGGGAAGGAGAGGCCGGUCUGAAGGCAGAGCAAGCCUGCUUCUUGCCCUGUACUGAUGAUGGGAUACCAGUGAUAGGAGAGGUUCCAGGGGUGAAGGGCUGUUACGUGGCAACAGGGCACAACUGUUGGGGUAUUCUCAAUGGUCCUGCCACUGGAGCUGCACUUGCUCAGCUUAUUCUUCAUGGUCAUUCCGCCAUUGUUGAUCUUAAGCGCUUUAGUCCCUCCAGAUUCCUUCUCCCCUCAAACCCUUAGAUACUCUUGCAGGAUCACUCUUUUCAACUCUUCCUAAUUUUCAUCAUCAAAUAUCUAUGUAACUUCAUAUAAAACAAUGAAAAGCGUUUAUGAAGAA